UGCAGAAUCCCUUGUGUCACGUGACCCAACCUGGCGUAGUUGCUAUGUUAUAACGUUAGCAUUAGAUCGCACAGAUGCAAAAACAUUGCCACACGGUCUAAGUCCUCUAAAACUGCGAGUGCACGGCCUUUUUUGGGGGGUAAAAGGCUGAACAAUGCCUCGUGGUUCAGAAGAUGCUCGUAAGAGGUUUCUCCUAAACACUACCGGAAACUUCUUUGCAGUAAAGCCUGCAUCCUCCCUGACGGACGAGGCCGAGCUGAACAACUUUUUGGAUGAUGAGAAUGAAUUUGUCUUGUCUAUCAGAAGACAUGGAAAUGAUCUUCAGCUGUCAAAUAAGAUCGAAGCUCUCAGGGAGAGCAAAGAGAAUGUUCUGGUGUUCUUCAAGCUGCGUCCCACAGUGAUCACAGAGGAAAACCUUCAUCAGAACCUUCUUGUUUCCUCAAUGCUGGAGUCUCCUAUCAACACUCUCUACCAAGCUGUCAAGCAGGUUUUUGCACCUGUUCUGUUAAAGGAUGAGCACUGGCGUUCAGCAUUUGACCCUAAGCUGGCAGGCCUGCUUAGUGACCUGGAGCUGGGCCUGGGCUCAGUGGUUCGCAGUUCUGGGGCAAAGUUGUCAAUGAAAGAGGGGUUCACCGAGGAAGAGGUUCUGGGUAUUCUGACCCCCACCGAUGAGUUCCAGUUCUGGGGAGAUGUCUCAGAGUCCGCACAGAAGAACAGUGUGAGAGAAAGAGCUACUUAUUUCACUGAGCAAUUUAAAACCAUACAAAAGGAGUACGAGGGUCUGGACGCCUUGUCUCUGUCAGAUGUUGUGGACCUGGUGGAGCAGAGCAGAGAAACUCUGGACGAUGUCUGGAGGCAGACUGAGUUCGAGCCUUACCCGGAGGCUCGCAUGGUCCGACUCAUGGAUGUCAUCGGUGGUGCUCUGGGAAGAUAUGUCCAGCGGAAACUGAGUGACGCCAAGGUUUUUGAGGAGCCGUUUGCAUCUGUGAGAGACAACCUCAGGAUGGCGAUCUCCGUCUGUGAGCAGUGGGUGACGGCGUGCCAGUUUUUGACCGGACAGGCGUGGAAAAAAUACUCUCCUCAUCCGUGGAAGGGAAGCAAGCACUGUCCACAGAGCCUCGACUGCCUCCUGAAAAGACUCAAUGAGGUGGUGACUCUGCGCGUGGUUCAUGAAAAACUUUUGUGUUUGCUGCCAGGAGGAAAACAGCAAGCCCUCACUUCAGACCGUGUCUUUGAACCUUUUGCCGGACUCAACCCUUUGCAUUACAAUCCGUACACAGAGCCUCUAUGGAGAGCAGCAGUGGCUCAGUUUGAGCGCCUGAUAACUCCGUCAGAGCAGGAGGUCGCUGGGAGACUGAAGGCCUGCAUCGCUGACGUGCAGGAUAACCCACAGCAGCUGUUGCAGGUGUUCCAGAAACAUAAGGAGUUGAUCAGACGGCCCACCAUCAACAAAGAACUGCAGACGGAAAGAGAGAUGCUUUUAGCCAGACUCUUGGACUACAACAAGGGCUUGAAGAGUAACUUUGAGAGUCGUUGCCAUGGCGGCCCUGGAGAGAAGUUUGGUCCCCUCAGUGGCAGGAACCUCCCUGAAGUUGUUAAUAAAAUAGUUUGGGUGCGGCAGCUCUCACACAAGGUGGAGGACUCUGUCCGCAUAGCGAAGGCUCUGCUCCCAGACCUGUCUGGAUUUAAGGCUUUCGUGCUUUUCUGUGAUGACCUACUGGAAGUCCUGAAGGCUUUUGAACAGGAGCAGUUUGAGGACUGGUCUAGAGAUAUCCUCUCUGGACUGGCUGAUCCAAAGUCUGGAAUCAGUCUUCAGGCCAGCGGCCGUGUGAUGGACCUGGACCACGCAGAUGGUCGGCUGAAGAUCCACUACUCGGACAGGCUGGUCAGUCUCCUCAGGGAGGUCAGGCAGCUUUCUGCUUUGGGUUUUCCCAUCCCAGCAAAGAUCCAGCAGGCGGCCAAUACAGCUGAUAAAUUCUACAGAGAAGCCAUCGUCCUAAAACAGGUGGCCCAUUUCUACAACACCAUUGACCAACAGAUGAUUCCUUCUCAGAGACCCAUGAUUCUCAGUCUGGCUCUCGCCUUUGAACGGGUCAUCAAGAACCCUCGGUCCCUGUCAAAGGAAUCAGGCGGUAAACUGCAGAUCACCUGGGAUAACCCCAAAGAGUUACAGGGUUACAUUGCCAAGCUCCAGUCCGCUGCGGAGAAACUGUCCACCGAAAACAGGAAGUUACGAAAAUGGCACACCGACUUCAUCGACAAGGUGGUCAGUCUGAUGAAUGUCGACCUUUUGAGGCAUCAGCAGCGGUGGAAGGAUGGCCUUCAGGAGCUCCGCACUGGCUUUGCCACUCUUGAGGCUCAGGGUAUCAGGGUGGAUGACAUGCGGGUGUGGCGUCUACACUGGAAUCAUCAGCUGUACAAGGCUCUGGAGCACCAGUACCAAACUGGAUUGGAGGCCCUAAACAAAAACUUGCCUGAAAUACAAAUUGACCUUGUUUUCAAGCAGGGUCGCUUACAGUUCCGUCCACCAUUCGAGGAGGUGCGAGUGCGCUACUUUAGAGAAAUGAAGCGUUUCAUCUCAAUCCCAAACCAGUUCAAGGGUGUCAGUGUCCAGGGGGAGGAGCUUAUAUUCACCGUAAUGAUCGACAGAAAUGCCUCAGGGUUCCUCACCAUAUUCAGCAAAGCCGAGGACAUUUUUGGCCGACUUCAGGCCAUACAUCACAAGUUUAAGGAGUGGGUGGUGCUGGGCCAGGUGGAUUUAGAGAAGUUGGUGGAGAAGAAUCUGAUGUCAGUUCAAGACUGGGAGAGAAAUUUCAAAGCCCUUAAAGCCAGAGGGAAAGAGUCAGAACGCCUGCCCAGCCAGGAGAAGGUCGACUGCAUCACAGUCAACUGUGAGCCGGUCAAAAGCACAAUCGAUGAUCUGAUCCAGAGACUGUUUGACAUGCUGCUCCUGUCACUCAGAAAGUCCAUACAAAGUCACUUGCAAGCCAUAGACAGUUUUGUGUCUGAAUCAAUGGAGACCCUGUCCACUCGUCCAGAAAACUUGGAGGAGAUCGGAGCAGCUAAUAGCAAAUAUAAGCAGAUACUCUCUGGCAAGCCUGAAAUCCUGCUGCAGUUCCAGAGUGCUGAGGAGAAGAACCGCCUGCUCCGCGCUGUGGCUGGGGCCGGUGUGGACUCCCUGUCCUCCUUGAGGGCCAAGUGGGACAAACUGGAACUGAUCAUGGAGAGCCACCAGCUGAUGAUUAAAGAACAGGUGGAGGUCAUGCGGGGUCAUGCGGCAGGACGGAUCAGCGCCUACAGGGCAGAUCUGGAGCGUUUUAAACUUCGCUGGGAUCAGCUUAAACCCAAAGAUGAGAAUCUGGAGGGGGGGGAUCAUGCCGCCUUGCUGGCAUGUCUUCAAACCAUCAGGGACAAACAGCAAGAGUUUCAGGAGCUGGAGCUUGUACGCAGCAAACUGCUUGAGGACUGCACAUACUUUGAUCUCGAGCCUCCAGACUUCUCCAUGGCGGAAGAGAUAAAGAUUGACAUGGAGGAGCUGAGUCAAACGUGGAGUUUGUAUGAGGAGUGGCAGGAGGGCUACACUGAAAAGGCCCGAGAGGACUGGAUCACAUUCAGGAGUAAGACUUAUGUUUUUGAAGAGUUUCUGCUGGCAUGGCAGGACAGAUUAAGGAAACAAGAGCAACCCACUGCCAUGUCUGUGAAGCUGCUGGCAGAAGUGGAUAAAUAUAAGAACAUGGUUCCUGUGCUGAAGUAUGUGCGUGGGGAGCACCUGUCUCAGGACCACUGGUUGGACAUGUUUCGCAUGCUGGGUCUCCCACGGGGGACAACCUUAGAGAGGCUUACCUUCAGCGACAUCCUUGGAGUAGCAGAUACAAUUGUGGAGAGGGCGAAGGAGCUCAAGGACCUGAACAGCCGCGCUCAGGCGGAAGUGACGAUCAGAGAAGCUCUUCGGGAGCUGGAUUUAUGGGGAGCUGCAGCCUCCUUCUCCCUCACUGAGUACACAGACAGCAGCGGGCGCACGCUUAGCCUCAUCAAAGACUGGAGGGACGUAGUCAGCCAGGUGGGAGAUAACCGCUGUUUGCUGCAGUCCCUCAAAGACUCGCCUUAUUACCGCAGCUUCCAGGACAAGGUCAGUCUUUGGGAGGUCCGUCUGUCAGACUUAGACGAGUAUUUGCUCAACCUGAACGCCAUCCAGAGGCGCUGGGUUUACCUGGAGCCCAUCUUCGGACGAGGAGCUUUGCCUCGGGAGGAAGCCCGCUUCAAACGGGUUGACGAAGACUUCAGGUCUAUAAUGUACGAUAUCCAGAGAGACACUCGAGUGGUGUCCCUGAGCUCCAGAGCUGGAAUCAAAAGCUCCCUUGUCGCCAUACUGGACCAGCUGCAGCGCUGCCAGAAGUCCCUCAAUGAGUUCUUAGAGGAGAAACGAUCGGCCUUCCCACGUUUCUAUUUCAUUGGCGACGAUGAUCUCCUGGAGAUUCUGGGUCAGGCAACCAACCCAAGUGUCAUCCAGUCACAUCUGAAGAAGCUCUUUGCUGGUAUCCACAGUGUUGUGUUUGAUGAACAAUGCCAGCACAUCGUGGCCAUGUGUUCUCUGGAAGGAGAAGUGGUGCCGCUCAGAACUGCUGUCCGCAUCUCCAGUCUUGUUGAGGUGUGGCUAGGAGAGCUGUCUAUGCAAAUGAAGGAGACCUUGAAACAUCUGCUGUAUGAGUGUCUGAUGGCAGCGAAAAAAGGAGAUGUUGACCCCUCACGCUAUCCGUCUCAGAUUUUGUGUUUAGCUGAGCAGAUCCAGUUCACGGAAGAUGUGGAGAAAGCUUUAAAACAGCAACGUCUGCAGCAGCUGGAACUUGAGCUUAACAGUAAACUGGAGCACUACACCCGAGUGGACACCAACUCUGAGGAUUCUCCUAACACAGAGUCCAGCAUCUUACAGCUGAAGCUGAAGGCUUUGAUCCUGGACAUUAUCCACAACAUCAGCAUGGUGAAGCAGCUCAACCAGGCGGGCGUCACCAGCACCGACGACUGGGCCUGGAGGAAACAGCUACGCUUCUAUAUGGGAGCAGACAAAUUCUGCCACAUUCAUAUGGUGGAUGCACAGUUCAGUUAUACUUAUGAGUAUCAGGGAAAUGCAGCAAAGCUGGUGCACACUCCGCUGACGGAUAAAUGCUACCUGACUUUAACCCAAGCCAUGAAGAUGGGGCUUGGCGGGAACCCUUAUGGGCCUGCUGGCACCGGCAAGACCGAGUCUGUCAAAGCCUUAGGGGGGCUCUUUGGACGGCAGGUGUUAGUUUUCAACUGCGAUGAGGGCAUAGAUGUGAAGUCUAUGGGACGGAUAUUUGUGGGCUUGGUGAAGUGUGGAGCUUGGGGCUGCUUUGACGAGUUCAACCGUUUGGAAGAAGCUGUUCUCUCUGCAGUUUCGAUGCAGAUUCAAGCCAUUCAAGACUCCCUCAAACAUCAUAAAAACACAUGUGAACUGCUGGGGAAGGAGGUGGAGCUGGACCCAAACUCCGGGGUGUUCAUCACUAUGAACCCUGCGGGUAAAGGCUACGGCGGCAGGCAGAAACUUCCCGACAACCUGAAGCAGUUGUUCAGGCCUGUAGCCAUGAGCAAGCCAGACAAUGAACUCAUCGCUGAAGUCAUUCUCUACUCAGAGGGGUUCAAAAACGGAGAGAUGCUCGGGGGAAAACUGGUCGCUGUCUUUAAUCUGGCCAGAGAGUUGUUGACGCCCCAGCAGCACUACGACUGGGGCUUGCGGGCUCUGAAGACGGUUCUGAAGGCCUGUGGAAGUCUCCUGCAGCAGCAGAGGAGACGUCACGACAAGGAGAGGGAAAUUCAGGAGAGCAGCCUGGUGGUGCAGGCUCUGAGGCUGAAUACCAUGUCCAAGCUGACGUUUGCAGACAGCUCUCGUUUUGAUGCGCUGGUCAAAGACGUCUUCACCGGAGUUAACUUUACGGAUGUGGAGGACCAGAUUCUGAUUCAAGCACUGGAGCAGGUUUACCAAGAGGCUCAACUGGAACUGAUACCCAGCCAGCUAAAGAAGGCAUUGGAGCUAAAUGAACAGCUGAGGCAGCGCAUGGGUGUGGUCAUCGUUGGGCCAAGCGGAGCCGGCAAGUCUACUCUCUGGAGGAUGCUCCGGGCUGCUCUGAGCAAGACAGGAAAAGUGGUGAAGCAGUACACUAUGAACCCUAAAGCCAUGCCCAGGCAGCAGCUUCUGGGACACAUAGACAUGGACACCAGAGAGUGGGCUGAUGGCGUUCUGACACACAGUGCCAGGAGUGUGGUCAGAGAGCCACAGGAGGUGAACUCCUGGAUAGUUUGCGAUGGGGACAUUGAUCCAGAGUGGAUUGAAAGUCUCAACUCGGUCCUUGAUGAUAAUCGGUUGUUAACCAUGCCCAGUGGAGAGCGAAUCCAGUUUGGACCCAAUGUUAACUUCCUGUUUGAAACCCACGACCUCAGCUGUGCCUCACCGGCCACCAUUUCCCGUAUGGGCAUGAUCUUUCUCAGCGAUGAGGACAUAGACGUGGGGGCUUUAAUGAAAUCGUGGUUGAGGGGCCAGCCAGAAGAGAGUCGCAGUCACCUAGAAAACUGGCUAGGAGACUAUUUCCAAAGAGCACUGGACUGGGUCUUCAAGCAGAAUGACUUUGUGGUGGAAACUAGUCUGGUGGGUACCGUUUUCAACGCUCUGUCGCACCUCAGUGCCGUGAAUGAGAGAGGAGAGUUCCUCGUGGGUCUGCUGAGGGGCUUGGGAGGAAACCUCAAUCUUAAAAUACGACAGGAAUUUGCUAAAGAGUUACUGAGUUGGGCCAGAGAAACCCCCCCAGAUUCCAGAAAACCCCUUGACACCUACUAUGAUAGUAAAAGCGGCCAUCUAGCAGCUUACACCUUCCAACAUCCGGAGAAUCUGACGCUGGAGCAGUUCUCUCACGCUCACAUGCUGCCUGUAAUAAAGACGACGGGGAUGCAGAGAGGUCUGCAUGGCUUUUUCCCGUGGCUCACCGCUCCACACAGGCAGCCCUUCAUGGUGGUAGGCCCUGAAGGCUGUGGAAAAGGGAUGCUUCUGCGCUACGCUUUCUCUCAGCUGCGCUCCACUCAGGUCGCUGUGGUUCACUGCAGCGCCCAGACUUCAUCUCGCCACGUUCUGCAGAAGCUCAGCCAGACAUGUCUGCUGCUCAGCUCCAACACGGGCCGAGUCUUCCGACCCAAAGACUGCGAGAACCUCGUUCUUUACUUGAAAGACAUCAACCUACCCAAACCUGACAAAUGGGGGACGAGCAACCUCACUGCAUUCCUUCAACAAGCUUUAACAUAUAAGGGAUUCUAUGAUGAAAAUCUUGAGUGGGUCAGUCUUGAGAACAUUCAGGUGGUGGCCUCCAUGUCAACAGGAGGUUCUGUCUGCAGUCACUCUCUUACUUCGCGCUUCUGCUCCAUUGUUCGCAUCUGUGCUAUAGACUAUCCAGACAGAGAGCAGCUUCACUCCAUCUACUCGGCUUACUUGCAACCUGUUCUCCAGCAUAGCCUGGGCAGCCAAGCAGCCUGGGCCAGUACAGGGAGAAAUCAUCAGCUGGCUGGUUCUAUGGUGCAGCUCUAUGAACAGGUGAAAGCUAAGUUUACAGUGGACGACCACAGUCACUAUCUCUUCACGCCGUGUAUCCUGACGGAAUGGGUCCUCAGUCUGCUGCGAUACGAUCUUACUGCAGCUCAAUCUAAUGUGACAGAAAGUGUGCUGGAGGUGGUGGCCUACGAGGCCAGGAGGCUCUUCAGAGAUCGUCUCGUUUCCUCUAAAGACCUCCACACCUUCGACAACAUCCUGUCUUCGGUCGUUCGUGGAGACUGGAGCUCAGAUGCUCUGGACAACAUGACUGAUGGUUUCUAUGUGACGUGGGGAUGGUCUGAAGGGACUGUGAUGGCUCCAGGCCAGCCUCUGCCUCCUCAUGGAAAACAAUUAGGUCGUCUUGAUUCUGCUGAUCUCAAAGAAGUCAUACAGAAGGGGGUAAUGCUCUACAGCCGUGACAACAAGGAGCUGGACCUCCUCCUCUUCUGGGAAGUGUGUGACUUUGUGUCCCGGGUGGACCGGGUCCUUAGUCGACCCGGUGGUUCUCUUCUUCUGGCGGGGCGGAGCGGAGUGGGUCGGCACACAGCGGCGUGCCUGGUGUCUCACAUGCACGGAUAUGCAAUGUUCACCCCCAAGAUUUCCCGCAGUUAUACACUGAAGCAUUUCAGCAACGACCUGAAGACGGUGAUGCAACUAGCUGGACUUGAUGGCCAGCAGGUUGUUUUACUUUUAGAGGAUUAUCAGUUUGUCCAUCCAUCUUUCCUGGAGAUGGUGAACAGCUUACUGUCAUCAGGUGAAGUUCCAGGUCUUUACACUCCAGAGGAGCUGGAGCCGCUGCUGUCCCCACUUAAAGACUCUGCCUCCCAGGAUGGGUUCAGUGGGCCGCUCUACAACUACUUUUCUCACAGGAUCCGACAGAACCUCCACAUUGUUCUCAUUAUGGACUGCUCCAACUCAAACUUCACCAUAAACUGUGAGAGCAACCCAGCUUUUUACCGCAAAUGUUCUGUUCAGUGGAUGGAGGGAUGGUCUGAAAGCAGCAUGAAGAAGAUUCCUGAGCUGCUCCUCUUAAAAACAGAAGAUGGAGGCAUCAAUGUCAGAGAAAAAGCAACUGAUGGGAAAAGCUCUGGGUCCGAGCAUGGAGACCUGUGCCGCUUCUUCCUCAUGGUCCAUGAAUCGUGUAAAGAACACGGGGCAACACCAAGCCAGUACAUGGCAUUUUUACACGUGUAUACUUCUUUAUACAGCCGUAAGAAAAACCAGCUGACAACCAGACAGCAACAUUUGCAGGCGGGUGUGUCUAAACUGAAUGAGGCCAAAGCGCUGGUUGAUGAUUUGAAGAGGCGGGCUGCAGAGCAAAGUGCACUGCUGAAGACUAAACAACAGGAGGCAGAUGCUGCCCUGCAGGAAAUCACCACCUCCAUGCAGAACGCCAGUGACCAGAAAACCGAGAUGGAAAAAAUCAAGGAAAAAAUGGCGGUAGAGGUGUCCAAGAUUGAAGAAAGGAAAGCCAAAAUAGAAGACGAGUUAAAAGAAGUUCAACCUUUGGUAGAUGAAGCAAAGCGAGCAGUUGGAAACAUCAAGCCUGAAGCUUUGUCUGAAAUCCGCUCCCUCCGCAUGCCCCCUGAUGUCAUCAGAGACAUCCUGGAGGGGGUACUAAGACUGAUGGGCAUCUUUGACACCACCUGGGUCAGCAUGAAGAGCUUUCUGGCCAAGCGUGGUGUGAGAGAGGACAUCGCUACGUUUGAUGCCCGGAACAUCACUCCAGAGAUUCGCCAGAGCGUGGAAGAGCUGCUCAACAGGAACAAGGCCUCUUUUGACCCCAAGAAUGCAAAGCGUGCGAGCGCCGCAGCUGCUCCUCUGGCGGCCUGGGUCAAAGCCAACGUCCAAUACUCCUUUGUCCUCGAGAGAAUAGGACCACUGGAAAAAGAGCAAGCUGGACUUCUGGAAAAUCUUCGAAAAACUGAAAGUAGGAAGAACAAACUUGAGGAUCAGCUGAACAAUGUUGGAGCCAAAGUCAACAAGCUGAAAGAGAAGUUUCAGUGUCAUACUGCAGAGGCUGCUAAGCUGGAGGCCGAGGUGACGAAAGCCCAAGACACCAUCACCGCCGCCGAGCAGCUCAUAUCACAACUGGUUGGAGAACACACACGCUGGAAUGCACAGAUGUCUGAGAUCAAGACCGAGUUGGACACACUUCCUUUCAGGACUUUACUGGCUUCCGCCUUCAUCACCUAUCUUUCUGCUGCUUCUGAAGACAGGAGAAGACACUGCCUGGAGACGUGGAUGUCUCAGUCCGGGCUCCAGAAAUUUGACUUGCGCUCAUUCCUUUGCUCUGAGAGCGAACAGCUGAUCUGGAAAAGUCAGGGUCUGCCGUCAGAUGACCUCUCCAUGGAGAACGCAUUGGUUAUUCUGCAGAGUGUUGCUUGUCCAUUCCUGAUCGACCCAUCAUCCCGAGCAACAGAGUGGCUGCGGACACAUCUCAAGGAGCACAGACUAGAGGUUAUCAAUCAGCAGGAUAACAACUUCAUGACAUCCUUAGAGCUCGCUGUUCGAUUUGGAAAAACGCUCAUCAUCCAGGAGGUGGAUGGUGUAGAGCCUGUGCUUUACCCACUGCUGAGAAGAGACCUAAUAGCCCAAGGACCCAGAUACGUGGUUCAAAUCGGAGACAAAGUUAUCGAUUACAACGAGGACUUCCGUCUGUUUCUGGCAACGCGAAACCCGAGUCCCUUCAUCCCUCCUGAUGCUGCCUCGGUGGUUACAGAGGUCAACUUCACCACCACCAGGGCCGGCUUGAAAGGACAGCUUCUAGCUUUGACCAUCCAGCAGGAGAAGCCGGAGCUGGAGACAGAAAAAACGAGAUUAUUGCAGCAGGAAGAGGAUAAGAAGAUACAGUUGGCUCAGUUGGAAGAAUCUCUGUUGGAGACUCUGGCGACAGCUCAAGGUAAUAUACUGGAGAACAGAGAGCUGAUCGACAGUCUGAACCAGACGAAGGCGAGCAGCGCUCUGAUCCAGGAGUCUCUGGUGGAAUCACACAAGCUGCAGACAUCCUUGGACCAGGAGAGGGAUGCUUACCUACCUCUCGCAGAGAGCGCCAGCAAGAUGUAUUUUGUCAUCACGGACUUGUCAAAGAUUAACAACAUGUACCGCUUCAGCCUGGCUUCCUUCCUGCGCCUCUUCCAAAGGGCUCUUCAGGCCAAAAAGGAAGACGGAAUCACAGAAGUCCGGAUUGCUGCUCUGCAGGCCAACCUGAAGAACAUGGUGUAUGAAUAUGUCUGCCGCUCACUUUUUAAGGCUGACCAGUUGAUGUUUGCCUUGCACUUUGUGAAAGGGAUGCACCCUGAACUCUUCCUUGAGAAUGAAUGGGAGGUGUUUGUUGGAUCUAUAGUGGGAGAAAUGUUUAAGAAAGAGGAAUUCCCUGCUUGGAUUGGUCAGGAGAGACAUGGAGCAGUGGCCGUUUUAAAAGCCACAUUCCCUGCUCUCCACCAAACCCUUUGUUUGAGUGACUCAGACCUUUGGCUGUCCUUCAUGCAAAGCUCACAGUGUGAACAGGAAAUCCCAUCAGCCAUUGCCAAGAAGAUGAGUCGCUUCCAGCAGGUUUUAAUGGUUCAAGCUGUCAGGCCAGACCGCCUGCAAAGCGCCAUGACUGCCUUUGCCUCUCAAGCCCUCAGUAUGAAAGAGCUUUCACCGCCGCCUCUGAAUCUGCGCCGCCUCUACGCUGAGACAAUGGAAUGGGAGCCAGUGUUAAUCAUCAUCUCUCCAGGAGCAGACCCAUCCCAGGAGCUUGCAGAACUAGCGGCAGAGACUGUUGGCAGGGACAGCUACCAUGAGAUAUCCAUGGGUCAGGGACAGGCUGACGUUGCCUUAGCUACACUCAGAGAAUGUUCUCGAAACGGAGACUGGCUUUGCCUGAAAAAUCUCCACCUCGUCACUGCCUGGCUGCCCCUUCUGGAAAAAGAGCUUAACGUCCUUCGUCCUCAUGCGAAUUUCCGACUCUGGCUGACAGCAGAAGUUCACCCCAAGUUUCCUCCCAUUUUGCUGCAGUCCAGCCUAAAGAUCACCUAUGAGGCUCCUCCAGGGUUGAAGAAGAAUCUUUUGAGAACAUAUGAGUCCUGGACUCCGGAGCAGAUCAGUAAAGGUGGCAGUCUGGCCAGGGCACAGUCACUUUUCUGCCUUGCAUGGUUUCAUGCCGUCUGUCAGGAGAGAAGAAACUACAUCCCACAGGGCUGGACAAAGUUCUACGAAUUUUCUUUGUCGGAUCUUCGGGCUGGCUUUGACAUCAUUGACAGACUGUUUGAAGCUGGUAAAACGGUCCAGUGGGAGUUUGUCCACGGACUGUUGGAGAGCGCCAUCUACGGCGGACGCAUAGACAACCCGUCAGAUCUUCGCAUCCUGCGCUCCUACCUCAAGCAGUUCUUCUCUGCACGGUUCCUGUCCUCAGCUGGACAGAGGAACAGCAGAGGAGACGGGAAUGUCUUUCCGCCUCAGAUCAUCCUCCCGAGCUCCUGCUCCAUUUUGGACUACCGCAGAGUGAUAGAGAACCUCCCAGAGGAUGACAGACCUGCAUUCUUUGGUCUUCCCGCCAACAUAGAGCGGUCCUCUCAGAGAAUCAUCAGCUCCCAGGUGAUUUCUCAGCUUCGUAUCGUCAGCCGUUUCGUGGCCACAGGGUCAAAGUUUGACCGGGAGCUCUGGUCCAACAGUCUUUCACCCAUCCUCAACUUAUGGAAGAAACUCAAUCAGGGGUCAACUCUGAUUCAUCAAAAAGUGGAUCCACCUGCAGAAGGUCAAAGGUCACCGAUCUUGUCUUUCAUUGUUUUGGAGCAGUUCAAUGCCAUACGCUUGAUCCAGAAUAUCCAUCAGUCUCUGGCUGCACUGAGCAAAGUCAUCAGAGGAACCCAGCUUCUGACCCCAGACGUGCAGAAGCUGGCCACUGCUCUGCUCAACCAAGAGUGUCCCAUAACAUGGCAGAAUAAAUGGGAAGGACCAGAAGAGCCGAUGCAAUACCUCAGAGCUGUAGUCACUCGGGCUCUCGCCAUGCAGAGCUGGGUGGAACGUGCAGGCAGACAAGCUCUUCUGUCCAACAUCCUUGAUCUGUCAGAGCUCUUCCAUCCAGACACCUUCCUCAAUGCUCUGAGACAGGAAACAGCCAGAUCCUUGGGUUGUUCUAUGGAUAGCCUGGUGUUUGCGUCGUCUUGGAGGAGUCCGCUAGCACAGGCCAAGCUGCAAAUACAGGUUGGGGGUCUGCAGUUGGAGGGCUGUCGUUUUGAUGGCGUCCAUCUAAGCGAGAACCAGCACCAUUCUCCCAGCGUGUCGGCGGUUCCAACAUGCUACAUGGCCUGGGUUCUACAGAACACCGCUGCAGACCGUCCUGCUUCAGAGGAGAGCAUCUGGCUGCCGCUGUACACCAGCUCAGAGAGGGUGAAGGUGGUCACACACAUCCCUCUGCCGUGUGGAGCAAACGCCAGCCACUGGAUUCAGACCGGAGCCGCUCUUUUUCUCAAACAGCAGUGAACACAAGUCGUUUUAGAAAAGCCCAACUGAUAAAGAUUGUUACCAAACACGUUUUUAGUUGCUUAUGGGGCCACAGAAGUCAAACUUUGGCAUCCGGUAAUAUUUGGUGUAAAAAUGUUACAAAAAUGUUGUUUUUUUAAGCUUAUUUAUUCAAAACUACUUUAUUUUCCUAAGAAUUCUGUCAGCAGUUAGUGUUUAUUAAAGUAUGGUCUCUUUAAUCAUUUCAUCAA